AUGAAAACAACAGUUCUGUUCCUAGCAGUACUGGGAUGUGCGUGUGCCGUCCCCAACGGGUACUACCACCAAGAAUACAAUUACAAAACCUCCUCGUCCGAAUACAAAAACAACGAAUUACAACACAAAACCGACGAUCAAGGCUACUACAAGAAAGACGGCGACCUGGAAGGCAGGUACAAACCCCGAGUCGACUCCAACAGCGAACACUCCGAAUACGUGAACCCCAAUCUCAAACAAUCCUCGUACAACACCGACGCCAAUUCCUACGGACACAUGAUGUACGACAGUACCUUGGGCGCCGGGAUGCACGGGAACCAUUUAGGCGAAGGCCUAGCCCACAGCGAUUCGAUCCUCGGUAACCGAAACGGCUACUACGGCUCCCAAUCCAGCGGUUACGGAGGUUCGCACUACAGCAUGAGCUCCAACCUGAGGUCGAUUUCGUCGCGUCUGCAGCAGGAGUGCGAGCGCGACAUGCUGGAAGCCAUCCGACAGAAUUCAGUCUACGGGUCAGGCGUGAACAUGGCCGAGCUGGAGCGACAGCUCAGGCACAAUCUCACCCAGAGAUUCAACGACGAAAUCGCGAGGACCUACGGACAGCAGGUCAUCCGCGACGGGAAGAGCUACUCGUUGGCAGGCGGAAGUAGACUGCAAAACGCCAACUUCGACAACCAGGAGUACAUGGACCUGAAGAACCAGUUAGAAACCCGUUUGCUCCAGAACCUGCGCAACGAAUACUACAGAUCGUCCAGUUCGAAUCAGCAUUACUCCAGCAGCAACAACAACUACGCCUACGUCGCUUCGACGACCACAAGACCGUACUACAACAACGUCUAUUACACCACUCCGAGCACCGCUCGGCCGGUCUACUCCGAGAAUUACCACGCGCCUACCUACCGACCGAUCUACCCGGCCGUCACGACCGGCUACGAAUACUCCGGCGGUCAGUACCAGUCGGUACAAACCCACACGAGAUACACCCCGGUACCGAACCCGGAGAGUCUAACCCAUCUAGCCUCCAAUGUCCAAUCUCGCCUCGACGCGAACCUCAAUAACAUUCUGGACGACGUUCGAAGGACCCACUUUUCCUCCAACCAAGCCGCCUCGCUGGUCAACACCGACGUGCUGUUGGAUCGACUGAGAAACGAACUCAGAACCAACAUCAGCUACAGCUUGGACGACAUCAUCAGACAGAACUACGGAGAACAGCGCUUGAAAGACGGCUAUUUGUACUCGGUAGGGCCGCAAGGUCAACUGUCCAGGGACUACAAUUACGGCCAAAGGGAUCUCGAGAGCCUGCGACAGCAAAUCGAGACCAAUCUCAUCAACAAGUUGAACAGAGACUUCGAACAAACCAGAAGAAGCUGGUCAUCGCAACAAUCCUACAGCAGCCAAUCCAGCUACGGAUCGAGCUCUAACUACGGAUCGAACUCUAACUACGGCUCUAACUCUAACCACGGAUACGCCACCACCGUAGCAACUGAUUACGCCUCGGGCGGGCAAUACAUCGGCGAAGCCAACGGCAACAUCGGCCAAUUGCAAAGGCAAAUGCAAGCCGAUCUGACGAAGCAACUCAACAUGGCCUUGAGCAAAGAGAAUUCCCUGCAGGAAUUGUCCGACGAGCUGAACCGCAACCUGACGAGGCACUUCCAGGAAUACAGCGCCAGCGGUUCCUACGGAGCUUACGGGAACUUCGACCGCGCUCAGAUGGCCGAUUUGAAGGCCAGGCUGCAGGACAAUUUGAUGCAGCAGCUCAAGCAAGGUCUGCAGCAGUCCUUCCAAACGCACAGUUCGUACAGCGCGAGCAGCGCGAGCAGCAGCGGGGCUUACAGGGCGGCCAGGGCGGACGACGGCUACAGAUCCAAGAGGAUGGCGCCGAAAGUUUCGCCUACUGACGAGCGAUUUGCUGUAACCACUUAG